AUGGCUGGUCUUCGCCUUCUAUCAGGCCACCCAGCCCUGGACCUGUUCUGGCACGAGGACUGCCUCAAGUGCGGCUGCUGCGACUGCAGGCUGGGUGAGGUGGGCUCCACGCUCUACACCAAGGCCAACCUCAUCCUCUGCAAGAGGGACUACCUGAGGCUGUUUGGCACGACGGGGUCGUGCGCUGCCUGCAACAAGGUGAUUCCAGCCUUUGAGAUGGUGAUGCGUGCUCGCAGCAAUGUCUACCACCUGGAGUGCUUUGCCUGCCAGCAGUGCAACCACAGGUUUUGUGUUGGAGACCGUUUCUACCUGUGUGAUAACAAGAUCCUGUGUGAGUACGACUACGAGGAACGCCUCGUGUUUGCAAACAUGGUGUACAACCCCAGCAGUCUGGCGCACAUACGAAGGCAAGUCAGUAAUUUGCAGCCAGCAGGAGACAAUUUAACCAUCAACUACGAGAACCAUGUUGUACACCUCCAUCAUGCACAACCAACAGGACAGCCACACUCGUACAGUGAUAAAGUGUCCAUCCCCAAUACCAACCAACAUGGUCGUGAUGAUGGCUCUAGUGGUUAUGGCAGCCCAGACUCUGAAACAUUUGACACCCAGUGCAACUGA